AUGCCAUCCAUCUUUUCGCGAUCAGCUUCAACUCCCAAGAAAAGUAAACUUCCACCUACUCCUCCAAUCUCAUCACCCGAACGAAGAGGUGCUACGUCAAACAGCAAGGCAGGUCAACCUUUCAUCGUAGGGGAAUUCGGUACUAUACCCAACGGAGGAUCAAAGACACUCCCUAAUAGACCAAGUCAACCUCUCACUCCACCCGAAUCACCAGACAAUUCUCCACCUCUUCUUCCAGCAAAAUUCACAUUCCUACCUACUCAUAUACCACCCCAUACCACCUCUAGUAACUCGGUAGACUCAUUCUCGUAUACUUCUGACGAUGUAACGGGUAUGCGACAAUAUGGAUUUCUUGGCGGAAUAGGACCGAAAGUCGUUCUUGGAUUGAAGGAAGUUGGAUAUAUAUUGGAUGUGCUCUGUCAAGAGUUGAACCGGCGAGGCUUGAUAACGCCUUUGUUAUUCUCUAAUCAAGCUUUAGAAUUGAGCCAAACUAGCACGAAAAUGCUCAUUCAAGCAUACUUGGAUACUUUAACGUCAAACUCUCGCUCAAAACAACAAGCAUUUUUACAAGAUGUGAAAUUCGCGAAAGAGCACGAACUUGCUUGGUUACUCCGUUGGACAUUAAGUAGGAUCACUCGUAUGAAAGAAGGCAUCAAAGAGAUCUGUCAUGGUGUAAUGGAAUGGGAAGCUUAUGAAGAGUGGAGAGGGAGAGAAAGAGCUGCCAGCUAUCCGACUGAUGCGUUCCCUUUUCUCGCACUCAUCUUACCGAAUGAGGUAUAUAACCUGAUUUUGACACCUCUUUUUCACCUCUUGUCACGUUUCGCAGCUCAUUCCCACUUAUCCGGCUUGACACCUCAUGCCUUAUCAUCACUUUUCGCUCCAUUGCUAUUCGAUGUACCAACUUCUUCCACGGCGAUGUAUUCCCACGCUAUAUUCGUCCGAGCAGCCUCUGCAACUGAACACCUGCUUUUAGCGCAUAUUCGAUCAACCAGUAUGAAAGGGUCAUUAGGUUUGGCGGACCUACCGUCCCGGCUGAAAGAAUGGGUAAACGGAUAUCCAGCCAUGGUAGCCUCUGAUUCAGCUUUGGCUCGUGGCGGACCGAGAAAGGGCGCUAGAGUCGUUAGAUGUGAGAGAGCAACUAGGACAGUUAGAGCUUAUUCGAAAGAUUUGGUUUCUCAAGCGGAAUCAUGGGUAAAUGAUUUGCCUAUAGGAGAACAAUGGGAUGCAUGGGAAAGAGUUACUUGGAAAUUUAGGAGAGGAGAAUUAAAUCGACCUAAAUUCACACCGUCAUACAGAAGGAGAAUGAUGGUCAAAGAACAUCUACCAUUACCUACUUCUUCAACAAGUGAUAGACCGAUAUCGUAUGGCAGUGCCACUAAGCCAAAUACAGGUAUAGGACUGGAAAGUAGAGGAACUGAAAGAGAGAAAAGAGGUAGAUUGACAGAAGAUGAUAAUGAAGAAGGAAGAUGGUCGAGCUUAGCAGGAAAAGAAUGGAGUAUGUUUGAAGAAGGUGGAUUUGAUGCUCCUUCAGUAUCAGCAACGGACAAGAAAGGUAAAGGGGAUAUGAAGGAAAGACUGCAAUUCGAUCUGACUGAAAGUGCCAAAAUGGGUGUUGCUGAAAGACGUCGUACAAUGGAUUGGUCUGAAUUCGCAUCACCUUCGGGAGGAUUUAAUCGUACUGAUCCACAUCUUAAUGCGUCUCUUACAUUCGCAUCGCCUAUCGAGAAGGAAAUAACCGAUUGGCCCAAAGAAAGAGAUGAAUUGAGGAAAAGAUUACACAAAUCACAGAAGGAGUCUAUACCGUUCAAUUACGAUACCACGCCUCAGUUCGGAUGUAACGCGUUCACGAACACGAUCAACAAGGCCGAUGAUAAAGGAAGAGUCUACAUCGAGGAAGCUUUCGUUGACUGUUGGAGUGACUUGAUGUUGGGCUCGAGCUGGCUGGAUCGGGAUGAGUUGACCUUCCGAGAAGCAAAUUGGGCUCUGAUCGAAUACAAAGCGCAACCUUCAAAAGUGGAUUUGAAAAUGCAGGAUUCAGAUCCACUGGGGGAUCCCAGGAGAACAGAACUUUAUUUCUUAUUUGAAGAAUCAAUCCCACCGGACUACCAACAAGCUUUAUCAACUCCCGCUCAAAAGAAAUCAGCUUUCACGUUAUUUUCGCCCAAAAACAAGAAACGUAACCAGUUACCAGUAUCAUCUGAAAAUCCUAGAUCACGAUUGGCCAAUAAUGGAUGGCAAGAUGAAGAUUUUGAUAGAAUGUUGUUACAUCUUAGUCAAACCAAGAAAGUCAGUUUGACUAAAAGUGGAACCGACCAACCUAACACAAGUAUCUGGCAUAUGACGUCUGACCUUGUAACGCCUGUAUCCCCAACUAAGCCGAGGUCUCGUCAAAGAACGAGAUCAGGGAAUGAGCGAAGAAUGACAGAAAAUGAACGUGAUCCGAGAAUAGGUGAAACGAAAAGAAUAUUAUUUGGAAGUACCUCCAAAAAAGAUAUAGACAGUGAAAAGGAAAAGGAGAUUGAACAGUUCAGUAGAAAAGAGAAGAGAUCGCAGAAAGAACAGAAUAUAGAAUAUGAAUUACACUCUGCUAGUGGGAUAAGUAGCUCAGAGCCAAGUCCUAAAGAUGGAGAGAAACCUAGGUCUGAACACAAAAAUGAUCACGAUCAGGAAAAAUGGAUGGAUAUUCUUGUUGCGAAUGGAGCCAAAAAGAUGACAAGGCAAGAUGCCUUACCAGCACUGCCCUCAAAAACAAGUCACUUGGCAAGAGUAGGUGUGGGAUACCCGAUGUCGCCACAUCCUCAACCAAUCUCAGGUCAACCACCUUCUGCACCACUUCAGCAGAUCUCCCCCGACGAAUUGACCACUCCAAGAGGAUCAGGCAAUGGAGCAGGACCAGAAAGACAGAGGUCGGUAAGGAGAAAAGCACUUCCGUCAGACGAUGAGAAUGAUCAUGAACAGAGUUUGGAACCUGUUUCUCCUACAUCGGAUGAAUUUCCUCAUACAGAUGAUACCCGCAAUCAUCAUUCAAGUGGUAUGUCAAGCGGGAUAAGCGAAGGUGAUCUCAAGAUAUUAUCACCUAUUCCAACUAGGCGUAACAGGGAUACCAAAGAUACCAUUUAUGGGAUCGUUGAUCAUUACAGGAUAGCAUCAGAAACCGAUCCAGAAUCAGAGCUGUUCUCGGAGGAAGAAGGAAAUUCGCCUACUGGAUAUCAAGAUUAUUUCAAUUCAGACCAUCAUAGUCAACGUUAUAUUCCGGGACAAGGUGAACGGAGAAGACCCAGUGUCGAGUCAGAUCGAAAUUCAUCUUUAGAAAGAUUCGAUGAUGUGGAAGAAGAUGAAGGAGGACCGGUGCCAUCUGAUAAAGGACUGAUAUUCGAUUUAACACCUGGGAGAGAACCUAGUCCGUUUAGGUAUAGACAUGGUGAACCCUUACAAUUUGUUGGAGAAGAACCUGAAGAGGAAGAUGAUUAUAAUCAUUUACGUGCUGGUUGA